GCUAAAAUUCUUUUCACAGUUGUUGUAUACACUAUUUUAAGUAUUAGCUUUAAUGAUUCUUCAGCAGUAACAGGAACGUGAGCAUUAAAAACGACUGUAGGUUUUAAAUGAAAUGAAGAUUCGUCCACCCCAGUGAUCUGGGAGACCGAGACCAUUGUGCAAUCUGUGCUUCCUUCACUCUUAGUGAGAGUAGUAAUUCCAACAGCAAAAUUCCUCAAUAUUCUAUUCAAAUGAAUCCAAUUGGAAUGACAUCUCUGGCAGCUUUUAUUUUGCUCUGUUUCGCCAUUCAGAGUAAGCUCAUCAUCUGUAAAGAGAUUCCUGUAAAACAAUACCCUUUGCAUCUUCAUGUUGAACCUGGGCACUCAGCUACCUUAGUUUGUGCUUUUGAACUUGAUGUUGGGAAUGAAAAUGAGAUUGAUGUUUACUGGACUAAGCAAGUAAACCAAAGUGAAACCCAUGAUGUACUCCACAUUUCUUCAAAGAGCUUUCAAACACUGAAAACAAACGCAAUUCAUAAUAGCUCUGAAGGAUCCUUCAGUUACUCUGGCAAUCUAAAACGAGGUGUAAUGGUUCUUGAAAUGAAAAACAUGCAAAAAACAGACUUUGGCUUGUACAUAUGCAAAGUAGCCAGAACUAUACCCCCUCCACCCAUGGAAGGAAGUGGGCAUGGUACUAACAUAGUUGAAUACACGAAAGAUUCUUCCCAGUCAGGAGCUGGGAACAGAACAUAUCUACAUCAGCAUUGUAUCAGUGAAAAUGCAUUUAUUACAAUAAUUGUGAGCCUUGUUAUAUACUCUCUUAUUAUGACAGUCCUUGCAAUAGUUUGUUGGAUUUACAAAAGAAGAUCAAGUGAAGCACAGAGGGACUCAUUGAUAUAUGUAGACAUGAGAAAAAGGAAAGAAUGAAGUGAAACGAGUGAGGACAAAUUAACUUGUUUUCAUUCUUGGAAAUCUAAUGUUCUUCAUACGCUAGGCAAUGAAACUCAAACUUCAAUUGAAACAAACCGCAUGGACACAAUCGUUUUAAGUGUACUUGGUUAAUUCUACAUUUGUCAUCUGUAUGCAAUCACAUUAAAUAACAAUCCUGCA